AUGACUCCAAAUCUCGAAAUAUUAAAUCUUCUAGGGUGUGAUGAGCUUGUAGAACUCCACAUGCCCGCUGAAUGUCCCAAGUUAAUUGUCCUCAACCUUGGUCAUUCAAAGUUGAGAACCUUUGACCUUGGGAUGACUCCAAAUCUCGAAGUAUUAGAUCUUUCUAGAUGUAAUAACUUUGUAGAACUGCUCACGCCUAUAGAAUGCCCUAAGUUGGAAUUCCUCGGCAUUAGUAAUUCUAAGAUGAGUAGCCUUAACCUCGAGCGGAUUUCACAAAUUCAAUUUUUAUAUCUCAUUGACUGCUAUGACUUUGUAGAACUUCACAUGCCUGUUGAAUGUCCAAACCUUGACAUUCUAAUGCUCAAUGGUUCAAAGUUGAGAACCUUUGACCUCGAAAUGACUCCGAAUAUCAGAAUAUUAUAUUUUGAUGGAUGUUGUGAAUUUCAACAACUCCGAAUGACCAGUGAAUGUCUCAAGCUGGAAACCCUCAACCUUACUGAUUCAAAGUUGAGAGCCUUUGACCUUGGGAUGACCCCAAAUCUCCAAGCAUUAUAUCUGAAUGAAUGUUACGAACUUCAUCGACUCCACAUGCCUGCUGAAUGUCCCAAGCUGGAAUCCCUCAACCUCGGUGGUUCAAGCUUGAGAACUUUUGACCUUGGGAUGAUUUCAAAUCUCGUCACAUUAAAUCUUGAAAGAUGUUAUGAAUUUCAACAACUCCACAUGCCUACUGAAUGUCCCAAGUUGAAAUCCAUCAACCUCAGUGGUUCAAAGUUGAGAACCUUCAACCUUGGUAUGACCCCAAAUCUUGAAAUAUUAGAUUUGGGAUGGUGUUAUGACUUUGUAGACCUCCACAUGCCUACUGAAUGUCUCAAGCUGAAAUCCCUCAACCUCAGUCAUUCAAGCUUGAGCACUUUUGACCUUAGGAUGACUUCAAAUCUCGUCACAUUAAAUCUUGAAGGUUGUUAUAAAUUUCAACGACUCCACAUGCCCACUGAAUGUCCCAAGCUGAAAUACCUUAAACUCGGUCAUUCAAUGUUGAGAACCUUUGACCUUGGGAUGACUCGAAAUCUCGAAACAUUAGAUCUUGAAGAAUGUCUUGAAUUUCAUCAACUCCAUAUUCCCAUUGAAUGUCCCAAGUUGAAAUCCCUAAAUCUUGGUCGUUCAAAGCUGAGAACUUUUGACCUUGGGAUAACUCCAAAUCUCGAAAUGUUAGAUUUUAAACGGUGUAAUGACUUUGUAGAACUCCGCAUGCCUGAUGAAUGUCCCAAGCUGAAAUUCCUUGACCUUAGUUUUUCAAAGUUGAGAACCCUUGACCUUGGGAUGACUUCAAAUCUUGAAAAAUUAAUUCUUGUAAAUUGUUAUGAAUUUCAACGACUCCACAUGCCCACUGUAUGUCCCAAGCUGAGAUUACUCAACAUAGGUGGUUCAAAGUUGAGAACCUUUAACCUUGGGAUGACUCCAAAUCUCGAAAUGUUAUGUUUUAAAUGGUGUAAGGAGUUUGUAGAACUCCACGUGCCUGUUGAAUGUCCUAAGCUGAAAUCCCUUUGCCUCGGUCAUUCAAAGUUGAGAACCUUUGACCUUGGGAUGACUUCAAAUCUCCAAAACAUUAGAUCUUAA